AUGGCGCAGCUGUUGCAGCGCUCCCUGCGCCUUUCAGGGGCUGGGAGAUCCCGGCUCCGUUCACGGGCCGCCAGCGGUGUGCAGGCCCGUGGCACGUCGCCUCCCCGCGCUGCGGCGAGGGCGGCUUUGGAGGAAUGUUAUCGGCUGGGCCUGUGGCAGAAAGCCUUGGAGAUCUUGGCUGAGAUGAAGUUGGAGAGGGCAUUGGAACCAAUGCGACCUAAUCCCACUGUAUUCCCCUACAGCGCUGCAAUGGGAGCCUGUGCAGAGGCCACGCAGUGGGAAGCCACUCUGCAGCUCCUUUGGCAGAUCCCCAUGCAGUCGCUGACGCCCGACCUCCUUUGCCUCUCCGCCUGCUUGAGCUCCUGCGCCCGCGCGCGGCAGCCCAAGGUGGCCAGGCAGGUGGCGCAGCACUGGUCCGAACGCAGCCUGCGUGAGUCGCUGGCGCUCGUACGGUGGAUCCUUAGGAAGCAGGAUGUGGGAUGA